AUGGAAAUGGAUAUCUGCAUAGACCUUCGUGCAUUCAGGCCGGGUCAGUCUGACCCAGUCUGGUCUCUAAUGCUUUGUAUCUAUAUACUUGUAAGCUGUAUAAUUGGUUGCUUGGACUGACCAUUUUUAAUACAUAACAGGUAUAUUCAUUUUACGAGAAUUUAACUUCAAUCAUCGUUCUGAUAAAGUGUCUAAUCAGAGUAAGAAAUCUGUAAUUUUAUAUUAGAAAAGUGAACCGUAGAAUGAGUAGGCCUAUUGCUAUGUGUCGCACUUAUUGUUGAGAACACUGGCGUUAUUCCAGAUUCGAGUUCAGGGUUAUGUUUACUAAAAUGUUACACUAACCGGCCCAGGGCUGGAGACAUGUGGGCACUAACAAAGACGGCACUUGUCACUUCUCGAAUUCUAAUUGCAAACAGUUGUGCUAGAACCACAUGGCGAAACUAAACGAGUUCAUACUUCAUUCUGGAAGUGAGGAGCGUUGCCCAAAGCUAAGCCGGACGUUCUGCCCAGCUUCGAUCAUAUAGACUUCUACGACAAUUUCACUAAAAAAACCGGCUCGAAUCCUACCUUGUUUUUGCUAUCCACAGAUUCCCUAAAACGCCCGAAAGGCAAUAUGUCAAAGCCAGUAUUGGACAUGCAACUCUUAAAAGAGAUCGACAAAUGUUUGUGAAUGAGUGCCACAAUUUCGCUGUACUGGGCGAAAGGUACCAACAUGAUGACAGCUACACAAGUUCCAGACGACCCAUGUGUCGAAAAGUUGUUCAAAGGACAUCGAGGCACAAUAACAGCUGUCGAUUUUAAUCCCAACAUGAAACAACUUGCGUCUGUCUCCAUGGAUGGUUGUCUGAUGGUAUGGAACAUAAAACCCCAGAUUAGAGCCUACAGAUAUGUUGGACAUAAGAGCGCUGUUAUGGAUGUGUGUUUUUCUCCAGCUGGUCACCUUGUAGCAUCUGCAUCUCGAGACAAAACUGUACGGUUGUGGAUCCCCAAUUUGAAAGGAGAAUCAACAGUGUUCCGAGCCCACACAGGCACUGUGAGGAGUGUGGACUUUUCAGGUGAUGGACAGUCUCUUCUCACAGCCUCUGAUGACAAGACUAUAAAGGUAUGGACAGUUCAUCGUCAAAAGUUUUUAUACUCGCUCACUGAACACAUGAACUGGGUACGAUGUGCCAGAUUUUCCCCUGAUUCACGUCUUAUAGUAUCCGGCAGUGAUGACAAAAAUGUCAAGAUAUGGGAUGCAGCCAGUAAAACAGUGAUCCAUACAUUUCAUCAGCAUGGCGGAUUUGUUAACCAUGUGGAGUUCCACCCAAGUGGCACAUGUAUAGCCUCAGCAGGGACAGACAGCACGGUAAAAGUCUGGGACAUUCGGACAAACAAAUUGCUUCAGCAUUAUACAGCUCACUCUGGUCCAGUGAACAGCUUGUCAUUUCAUCCCAGCGGCGAUUACCUCAUCACAGCCUCUGAUGACUCGACUCUCAAAGUUUUUGACUUGUUGGAGGGAAGACCUUACUACACACUGCAUGGUCAUCAGGGUCCUUGUACAGCUGUGGCCUUCUCUAGAACAGGCUCAUUUUUUGCCUCAGGUGGAUCAGAUGAUCAGGUCUUUAUGUGGAGGACAAACUUUGAUGAAGAUAUGGUGAUCAAAGAAAGGCGAUCAGCUGUUUCAGAACCUCCAACCAUACGGGACAUACCACCAAGAGCAAAGACACCUCUGAUGAACGAAGUGGACCAGCAUGAGGCCAGAAAUAGGUUGUAUAGCAGGGAGAAUGAUGUAUACGUACCAAAAUCAGCAGAGGUACAAGCAUCCACUGUGGGAGCCAACGGUAUGAAUGGGAUAAGCCCCAUUCUUGACAACGCAUAUCAGAGCGAUAUAGAAGAUGUACCUGUAGGAAAAAUUGGCAAUGCUACAAGAGAGCCAGUGAAGGAACAGAACCAACUACCGUCAAAUAUAAAUUCUACAAAACAAAAAAUACUCCCACCAGAGUUGGCCAAUACAAUGCAGCAAAUUGUUGGACAGCUUGAAAUUCUCACGCAGACGGUGUCAAUAUUGGAACAAAGAUUGACAAUGACUGAAAAUGUUUUACAAGACUGCGUCAAAAACCAAAGAAAAAUCAUGGGACGGACUGUCUCUGACUAAAGGAAUUGGUGCAUUCCAGGAAUGAUGAUGUACUCAUCAUAGACUUUUAUUCUGCAAUGCAGUAUAUUUGUAUUCUACGGCAGCAGAUAUUUCAUGUAGGUGCCAACAUAAGCUGACGUGUUCAUCGCAAAACACAGCCUGGAUGUUGCAACUUUUGUAAUUUGGGAUACUACAUACUACAGCAUCAACAAUUAUUAUGCAAUUUAAAAACUUUCAAUCAUGACACUAAAUGAUGGGAACAUCACUUUGACAUCUUUUUUUGUACUUAAUUCAGAAACAUGAGAAGUAGCGUUGCAUGUAUAGUAUAGAUGUACUUGCAAGGUGGAUACCACUUGGUGUAAAACCUGGCUUUACUCUUGUGUACAUGUUUUAUUUUCUGUCUUUCAGUGUUUUUAAUAAUAUGGUAGAGUGUAAAAAUAUGUAUAGUAUUUAUUAAACUUUUCAGAUACUGAAAUCUCAGUAGUGACAUACAAGUAACUGUAGUUAUAUUUGGAUCAAAGGUCAUAUCCUACUUUCACUACCUUUAAUUAUUUUAAAAACGCAAAAUUUGAAUAUUGAAAAGAAAUUUCUGGAUGCCUCUUUCUGUACAGAUUUGUAAUGUGAAAAUGUAGAAUGUAACAUUGUGUAAACAGGUUGAAAUAAAUAGUGGAUAUAAAACAGGUAUUUGUAUGUAAAACCUUGUGCUUAUGGCCCUGCUUACAAUAACUUGCUCUGAGGAAGAUAAUUAUACAGCCUGAAUAUAUAUACAUACAUGUGUCUUGACCCAACAAGGUGAAAUGCUGUUUUGGCCAAACUCUCUCUGUUUGCUAGUAUUACUGGAUAGAUAUAUUUCUGAAUAAUAACAAGGCUUUGAUACAUUAUAAUGUGUUGCUGACAAAAAAUCCGUCCAGGUUUGAUAUAUGCAAAUUUCCCGCUAUUGUUAUACAAUUUGAAAUUUGUGGGAGUUCAGAUUUCACUUUAUCCAUGCUUCAACCCAAAAUAUCUCCCUCAUUCUUUGAUGUGUGCUCUGACAUUCACUGAGCUAUAGACACACCUGGCACACCCUAUGAAGAUAUUAAUAGGAUGUUUACUUUUCAAAAUGUAAUGUUUAUAUCUAUAAUGCUCUUAUGAAUAUAAAAAGUUUGUGAUAUCAGACCUGAAGUAUGCAUCCUUUAGCAGCCAGAUCAGUUCAAGCCACAAUGUUGCCAUACUUAGAACAAGUGCAGUUUAACAGAAUUAGCUCCGUGGACUGUGCUUUUGUUUGCACGUUUAACAUUGACUAUAUAGCAGAGUUAAAGAUCUGAAUGUUAAUCCUCCCUGGCGAAUCAUGUGAUAUUCCCUUAUUUAUUUAAGGUAAUGUUUGAUAAAUAAAGUAUAACA